AUGUCGUUCUGGCGCCGGCCAUUCAGCAAUCGGCAGGGCGACGCCCCCGAAGCGGAGGAGCGGGGACGACAAAACAGUAACGAUGGAGAAUUUUCGGAUGGCAGUGUUCACUAUGUUGUGAGAAAAGCCGGAAAUGACUCUGAAGUCUCCUACCAGGACACCAUCGGCGCCCCCGUGGAGGUUGACUCGCCUCUGGGAUACACCGUUGGGCCUAUUACCAUCAUCUUUUUAAACAUCAGUAAGAUGAUUGGCACCGGAAUCUUUUCAACCCCAUCAAGCAUCUUGAAUGGAACCGGUAGUAUUGGAUUGAGUCUGAUCUACUGGGCUCUCGGGUUUUUAACCUCGAUCACGGCAUUUUCUGUGUAUCUAGAAUUCGCAUCAUACUUCCCCAAUCGAUCUGGCUCCGAGGUCGUCUACCUGGAGCAGGCGUUCCCUCGGCCUAGGUGGCUAUUCCCGACUGCGUUCGCGUUCCAGUCCGUGGUCCUAUCUUUCAGCAGCGGCAAUGCCAUUGUGUUCGCACAAUACCUUUUUGCCAUCGGAACUCAUGACCCUACCGCCUGGGAGUUGAAGGGUGUGGCUAUUGCUGGUUAUACCUUGGCCGUCCUCCUGGUUGCUCUGAAUACCAAAUACGCCUAUUGGUUUUCUAACGGAAUUGGAGUCGUCAAAGUCCUUACCCUCCUCCUCAUCACUUUCACUGGGUUUGCAGUGCUUGGAGGCCACACUUCCAUUGAGGAUCCAAAGCAGAAUUUCCACAACUCAUUCGAGGGAAAAGCCACGCCAUAUGGACUAACAAACGCACUCUACAAAAUCAUUUUCUCAUAUGCUGGUUAUGAGAAUGCCUUUAAUGUUGUCAACGAAGUCAAGAACCCUGUCAAGCAAAUUCGCAAGAACGGACUCAUCGCUCUAUUAUCCGUAACACUGCUUUAUAUCUUGACAAUCGUUGCGUAUUACUCUGCCAUCCCCAAACUUGAUAUUAUGGAAGCCAAGCAAAUCACCGCGACUCUAUUUUUCAACAACGUGUUUGGGUCCAGCCGCGCAUCCCGUGGUCUUAAUGUACUCAUUGCAUUCAGUGCUCUUGGAAAUCUGAUUGCAGUUCUUCUAGGAACAUCCCGUAUCAUUCGAGAAUGCGGAAGACAAGGCGUUCUCCCCUGGCCCCGAUUCUGGGCUUCUACACGACCCUUUGGAACUGCCCUUGGCCCUUAUGUUGCCAAGUGGAUCAUCACAACCAUUAUGAUUCUUGCCCCUCCAGCCGGUGAUGCGUUCAACUUCAUCACGGAUUUGAAGAUCUUCCCUGCUGCGUUUUUCGACUUCAUCAUGGCUGUCGGCCUGAUAAUUAUCCGUCGUCGCCGUAAGCGCCUAGGUCUACCUCAUCCUACCUUCAAGGCAUGGGAUUGGGUUUUGGCUUUCAACAUCAUCAAGAACGUCUACCUUCUCGUCAUGCCUUGGUAUCCACCGGAUGGUGGCCCUUACUCUGGCGACGUCAGCUUCUGGUACGCCACGUAUGCUGCCACUGGAUUGGGAAUCUUGGUUGGUUGUGGUGUUUACCACUGGAUCUGGACCGUUGGUAUUCCCAAAUUGCGCGGUUACGAGAUCCGACAGGAAAUCCUCGAGUUAGACGACGGUGCGCAGAGUCAGACACUCAUCAAGGUGCCAGUUGCAGAGCUGGAGGCAUGGGAUGCCUCUCACGAUCAUUCAGGGCGACGUUUGGUUUCCAACGUCCCGGAAACCAGCUUCACUGGCAAGGGAGAAGACACAGAUUCGAGCAAGGGUCGGGCCAAAUGA